AUGAGGCAUUUGUGCAGGAGUGCAUGUAUAUGCACAACGAGCUCCGCGCCCGAGUCCAGCCGCCCGCCAGCAACAUGCGGUACAUGACUUGGGAUGCAGCUUUGGCAAGGACUGCAAGGGCAUGGGCAGAUAAAUGCAUUUCUGAGCAUAACAUACACUUAAAUAAGAAACAUCAGUGCCAUCCUAAUUUCACAUCUAUUGGAGAGAAUAUUUGGACUGGAAGUUGUCAAACAUUCAGCGUUGCUAGCGCCAUUAAAUCCUGGUAUAAUGAGGUCAAUUUCUAUACUUUUGCAGAGCAGAAAUGUACUCGGGUUUGUGAUCAUUACACUCAGGUUGUUUGGGACUAUUCAUAUAAAAUAGGCUGUGCUGUUACUCUAUGUAAGGAAGUUAGAGGAAUACGAAAUGCAGCAAAUUUUAUUUGCAAUUAUUCACCAGGGGGUAAUUCUCCAAGAAGACCAUAUGUAACAGGAAAACCAUGCAGUAAAUGUGGAAAAGGGGACACCUGUGAAAAUAAACUGUGUAGUAAGUAGAAGCAAAUGUAA